GGGAGAUUCUUUUCUAGAAGACUUCUGGAAGGCCGUUGUCGGUGAGCUAUUGUUGCUUGGAAGUCCGUCCUUGAUAGCCUAGCCGUCAGGCCAACGAUGGAUGAAAGAAAGUAAGGCGGGAGGAGAAGGUAGUCAUCCGUCAUCCUACCUAUCUGAAAUAUAUAUGUUUCUUCCUCCUUCCCCCCUCUCACGUCCCUCUCAGGCAAGACCAGGCAAAGCGAGAAAGCAACUGCCAACGACUGGCAAGCCUUGUCUCGCGCGCCCUAGUAGGCCUCCAUCCCCUCCCUAUUUUCUCCGCAUAAGCAGAUACAGUAGAUCCGACACCACGCAAUCAUCCAUCAUCCACUCGGCUCCCAAUCUAAUCCCUCCUUCCCAGCCCCAGCCAGCCAGCCCUCCUUAUCACUCCCUGGCAACCCUUCCCAUCCCGAAAGUGGACACGAUGCAUAGCCCACAUGCGAAGAUGACAUGCGGAGCCGAGAGGCCGACGCACAGGGUAGGCUAGCGUUGCACGUUGCACGUUGCAGUCGGGAUUAUUAGGAUGGUGCCCUGGAAGGAGGUAUGCUGGGCAUCCAGGAGGAUGACAGGCUGGCUCGGUGGUCACGGAGGUCCUACGCCUGAUUCAGGGCUCUCUCGGAGGGAGCCGAGCUUGGUACAUCUU